AUGAAUAUCGUUAAAGCCAAGAACUUUUUAGCUAAAUUCAAGUCAACAAGGGAUAACCCAGUAGUACCAGUGCCAAAAGGUCCAGUGACUACUUCAAAGUUACCAAAAUUAACGCUUCCGACUUUCAAUGGUAACCUCACUGAUUGGCUGCCAUUCUGGGAACGAUACACAGCGGAAAUCGACAAAAAUUCGAACAUUUCUGAUAUAAAUCGUUUUGAUUACCUAUACGGUUUGUUAGAAGGUGAAGCUUUGGACUCUGUUCGAUCACUCAUACCCUCAGCAGCGAAUUACGUGAUUCUCAAGAAAACAUUGCUAGAAACCUUCGGAAAAGACCGAAAAAUCAUUCGUGCGCACGUGUUGCGACUGUUUCAUUUGAGGAACCCAAACAUGUCCGGAGCUGCACUUCGUUCGUUUUAUAAUCAAGUAAUGACGGACCUGCGGAGUUUGGAAGCACUAAACAUUGACGUUGAUAGAGCAGCUGGAAUAAUUGUACCUAUUCUCGAGGAAAAACUACCUGCUGUUAUUCGGGGAAACAUGGCUGAUCUUGACAGGACAGAUGUGUACAAUCUUAAGACAUUCACAGACGGGUUAAAGCGCCAGGUCGAACGUUAUGAAACACAGACUGAGGAUAUUGAUAUUACAGAGAGGAGAACUGUUGAAAUCUGUCAAAAGCUAUCAAAUUCAUCUGUAGGUGCAUUUAUGGCACACACUAGUAACUGCGAAAUUUGUGGUUCACCGAAACACCAACCAGAAAAAUGUAAUCUUUCUGCAAAACAGAAACGUGAUUUGGUGUUUGCAAAAGGUCUAUGCCGAUUGUGUUUGUUGCCAGGACACUUUUCUAGGAAAUGUACAAGUUCACUACAGUGUUCAUCUUGCUGUGGACUACAUCAUACGUCACUGCAUGGAAUCGAUUUCGGAAAUCGUUCACGGUAUCGUGCUCAGUCAAGAAAACGGUAUAAUCGUGGGAAUAGAAAUUCGAUCACGGAGAUUACGCAAUCGGCCCAGGAAACGCCAGGACCGACGUCGUGCUGCAGUUUGGUUCAGAAUAAAUCUACGAGUGCCGGUAUGGAUACGUUGGUGGAAAGUGAUUCAUACGCGGAUAUUGUUACGUCAUCGAUCAUAGCUGAUAACCCAGUGUUGGUGAAAACGGCCAGGGCUAAAAUGGACUACAAUGGUACGCAGGUAGAGGUUCGAAUCUUCAUUGACGAGGGUUCAAUGUUAAGUUACAUGCGUCAGGAUGUCGCGUUAUUACUUGGCAUCCAGCCUAGGGGUUAUAUUGAUCUCGGAAUUCACGGAUUUCAGUGUUAUACGAAGGAUCGCUAUGGUUUGGCAACAGUAGGGAUAAUGACGUCUGAUGGAAUGACACGUGUUCCAUUGUUGAUCUCACGGGAGAUAGUUGCACCCAUCAGCCAACGAGGUUGGUGUGAGGCUAAGUCACUACCACACAUUCGAGGUUUGGAGUUAGCAGAUGACUUUCGUGGAGAGCCAUUUGUUGUGGAUGUGCUGAUCGGUGCUGACAAUUCUUGGCAGUUUAUGAACGGUGAGACCAUUGAUGGCAAUGGCCCAACAGUGUAUAAGUCAAAUCUCGGUGCAUUGUUGUUAGGACCAGUUCAUAAGGAUAGGCCGAUUGUGGCAGCUGAUAUCAGACCCAUAAUGUGUUUCUGCGGAACUCAACCGGGAGAUGUGGACCUUUGUGGAGCGUUGUCCAACACGGAUUUAGACAAUCGGUUGUUGACAUAUUUUCGGUGUAGUGAAGUGGGUGUCAAUGACGUCACUGAUGACGUAGGUGGCGUAGAUGAGAACUUUAAGGCAGCAUAUAGUGAAAAGAUCGAAUUUCAGGAUGGGAAAUACUCGGUGCCUCUACCGUGGAAAGAGGACCAUGGGGAAUUGCCAUCCAAUCUACGAUUGUGCAGACGUCGUUUGGAUCAGAUUGUUGAACGUUUGCAGAAAACAGGGUUAAUGAACGCUUAUUGCAAGGUCAUAAAAGAACACAUGGAUAAAUGCUACGUAGAGGAAGUCAAGGGUAAUCCCUGGGACGAAGAACAUUCACAUUACAUGCCACAUUUUUUUGUGCUCAAAAACUCGGAAACCACGCCUGUUCGCAUUGUAUUCGCGGCGAAUACAGGGCGCGUGAGCUUGAAUGACUGUUUGAUUACCGGUCCAUGUAUGAUUCAGAACUUACACGAUCUACUGUUGUUGUUUCGGGUGUCGCGCAUUGCACUGGUGGCUGACAUUGCUCGUGCCUUCUUAUCCAUUGGUCUAUUGGAACAGGACAGGAAUUAUGUGAAAUUCUUGUGGUUUCGCGACAACGAUCCAACCAAGGACAUUAUUGCGUACCGCUACACCACCGUAGUGUUCGGUCAUACUUCAUCGCCUUUCUCUUUGGGCAUUGUAUUAGAAAAACAUUUAGCGAAGUAUGAGUGUGAUGUUGCAAUCGAUCUGACAAGGAAGUUAUACAUGGAUAAUCUAUUGACCAGUGUUGAUCAAGAUAACGAGGCAGUCAAUUACUACUACAACGCACGCGCAAUAAUGAAACAGGGAGGUUUCAAUCUUCGCCAGUGGUUAAGCAAUUUGCCAGAACUGAAUAGAAUUCUUGAACUUGAAGGUACACAAAUGAAGGAGAAAACCGUCAGUGUUUUGGGACUCGUUUGGAAUUCAGUGACUGAUCGUCUGGGAUUUCCCAAAAAGGGACUGAUAAACACUUGCCGUGACGUCACAAAACGUCGCGUAUUGUCAGUGGCUGCUUCACAUUUUGAUCCGUUGGGACUUGUAACUCCGGUGAUAAUUAGAGCCAGACAGUUCAUAGCUCAGCUCUGGCGUCAGAAGUAUGAUUGGGACACUGCUUUACCGAUCGAGGAAACUAAAGUGUGGUUUCCGAUCUUGAGAGACUUAGAACAGGUUCAUGAGAUUGAACAACCUCGUUAUUACGGCAUGGACAAAUAUCUACCAGUGCAAAUACAUAGCUUUUCGGAUGCGACACCUGCAGCUAUUGGGACUGUAGCUUUCAUAAAACAGGGGUCAACUGUCACAUUACUUGGCUCCAAGGGCAAGAUUGUUGGCCCAAAGUCGAAGAUGACCAUUCCUCAGUUGGAAUUAAGCGCAAUGGUACUUGGUGCGAAGUAUACUCGUAAUUUGAUGGCGGUGUUGGAACCUUGUUACCAGCAGGUGGCGGUGCAUUUCUGGUCAGACUCAGAAAUAGCGCUGCAUUGGGUAAACUCUGAUAAGACAUUGAAACGUACGAUUGCCAUGAAAGUUGAUACAAUUCGUAAGUUGAGUGACGUCAGUGAUUGGCGACAUGUCGCAAGUGGCGAUAAUCCUGCGGAUUUGAUAUCACGCGGUUGUGACGUUAAGCAUUUGAUAGCUUCUAGUCUAUGGAACUCGGGUCCAGAUUGGCUUGCGACCCAGGAACAAUGGGACCUGUGGAAGUCUGGAUUUAAUUCAGAAAAAUUGCUUGCCGCUGCUAUUGAAAUUGACACGUCUGACCCACCUCACAUCACAAUGGAUAUAAGUAAAGUGAUCGACAUCAGUAGAUUCAAUAAUCUCGAGCAACUACUACAUGUUACUGUCUACGUUCUAAGAUUCGCACGCAUUAGCCGGGAGACACAACACAUAACCGUAGGAGAAAUGGAACAGGCCGAAACUCUUUGGGUGAAAGCAGUUCAAUCUUCAUAUUUUUCUGAGGCCUUGGAUUACUUAAAUCAGGACAAACCAAGCGGACGGAUUCCGUGUAUUGUGCAACAGUUGAAUGUUGUGUUAGACACAAAAGGUGUUCUUCGUGGCGCGGGGAGAUUAGGUAAUGCUGUGUCACUAGACAGUAAUGCGCGUAAACCUGUGUUGUUACCUCGGAAAUGCCACUUUACUAGACUUGUGAUCAAAAGAGCGCAUGCGCGCGUUCUUCAUGCUGGAUUAGGUUCAACCGUAGUUGCUGUGCGAAAACGGUAUUGGAUUACUGCAACGCGGGCAGAGGUUAGGUCAGUGUUGAAAUCAUGUGUAAUCUGUAAACGUGUUACCGGCACUGCGUACCGGUUACCACAGAGCCCUGAUCUACCCGAAUACCGUAUUGAUGCGACCAAAGCGUUUAGUAACAUUGGUAUGGACUUCACGGGACAUCUUCUAGUGAAAGAUCGCGAUGGACAUGUGUUCAAAGUUUACGUGUGUUUAUUUACAUGUUUAGGCACUAGAGGUGUAAACCUUGAACUGGUCAAUGAUUUGAGCGCCGAUUCGUUCAUCAAAGCAUUCAGAAGGCAUUGUGGCACUUAUGUUGUUCCAGAUAGGUGUUUCUCCGACAACGCAACCAAUUUCAAGUCGGGAAGUAGUGAAAUCGAAAAGUUACUAAGGCGUGUGGCGAGUUCAGAAGUGCAAGAGCAUUUUAUUGCAAAGCGCAUUAGAUUUGAUUUCAUACCGGUACAGUCCCCCUGGUGGGGAGGUUCCUGGGAACGUCUCAUAGGCGUAAUGAAGUCAGUACUUAGGAAAGUGUUAGGCCGGGCAUUGAUUAGUUUUGAAGAAAUGUACACAUUGAUCAAAGAGGUUCAGUCCGUCCUAAACAAUAGGCCAUUGACGUAUGCAAGUGGAUCAAUAGAAGAUCCCAAACCUCUGACACCGUCAAUGCUAUUGUUUGGCUACGAGACUGAUGAGUUGCCACACGAGUUGUUUGAUGAAACUGACCCUGAUUGGUCACAAGUUGGGACUGCUGACUUCAUUACGAGGGCAGAACGUAGGCGCGCUCAAUUACACACUCAUUUUGUGACAAGGUUCAAGAAUGAAUACCUAAGCUGCUUACGUGAGAGACACGCUUACCAAGUGCGUAAACAUUGUCCAAGUGAUGAUAUCAUUAGUAUAAACACCGAUUUUGAGGAGCUUCAUUCUGAAAAAGGUGUGAUCUUGUUUUCAAAUUUUACUGCCGAUUUCAAGUUCAAGCUGAUGAAAGUUGCCAAGGCCAAGGAGAGCAAUAUAAUCAACUCUUUGAUCAGCAGGUUUGAAAAGACAGUAGAUGCCCAAGGUUACUAA